AAAAAACAACCUUAGUUCUAAAACUCCCUCUUCCAUUCUCAAAACUUGUCCUUGCAAUCCCAAAUCCUAUGGCAAACAAAUAUAUUCCUACUUCUCUCAUUGCCAUAGCCUGGUUGCUUUUCCUAUCUCUCACAAUCUCAUCCACCUUCUCAGCUAGACUCCUUGAUGAGGAUGCUCCUGAGGACCCUGACGUAGCUCCAACACCUUUUGUGCCCACCAACCCCACGGGCCCCACCGCCACCCCGGUAGGCCCUGCGGGCACUCCAGUAGGCCCAGUUGGCACAUCGGUAGGCCCAGUGGGCCCGACCGCUAACCCGGCAGGCCCUGUAUCAGCCGCUGGUGGGGCCACAUUAGGCAAUGCAGAUCCCCACCACACACUAAUCUUCUACAUGCACGACAUCGUGGGCGGGACGAACCCCUCGGCCAUAGCCAUCACUGGGAUAGUCUCGAACCCGGCGGUAAGCGGCCAAGUCCCGUUUGCGAAGCCGAACGGCGCGGUCCUCCCCAUCAACAACGGCGUCCCGCAGAACAACAACAACCAAGGCAUUAUCAGCAACAACAACGUCCCAUUCUUCACCGGCCUGGCCGGCAACACAGCCAACCUCCUCCAGAACACCAACAACAACAACAACAACUUCAUCGCCGGAGGCAACGGUUUCCCGUUCUUGAACGGCGCUCAGCUCCCUCCGGGGAUGACCCUCCAGAAGCUGAUGUUCGGGACCGUGACGGCCUUCGACGACGAGCUGACCGAGGGCCACGAGCUGGGCUCGGGCCUGCUCGGAAAGGCCCAGGGCUUCUACGUGGCGAGCUCGGUGGACGGGACGAGCCAGAUCAUGGCUUUCACGGCCAUGUUCCAGACCGGUGGCUACGCCGACAGUCUCACUUUCUUUGGGGUCCACAUGACCGCCGCCGCUGAGUCUCACCUGGCCAUCAUGGGAGGCACCGGAAAGUAUUUGAAUGCCAAGGGAAUCGCCACCGUUAAGACGUUUCCGCCUACUGCUGAUCAGCACAACACUGAUGGGCUCGAGACUCUGCUUCAGUUCACUGUCUAUCUUUCCUACUAG